GUGACGUCAUCACGCUGCGUCGCCUGUUCAUACACGUGAACGAAAUAAUUCCGUGCAAACUGUGUUUUACAUCCUCACAGAUUAUUAACAAAGCAAACGCAUGUUUCAGAUGAGAGAUGAUUGAGAAGAUGAAGGCUAAAGGACAAAGGUAUUUUAAAGAAGAACAGAAGACACCAAAGAAACGAACGGCGCAGGGCAGCAGCGGCGGUGAUGGAGUCGGGAAGAGAGCGCGAUUGGAUGCGAUGACCGUGGGUUACUUCCGGCGCGUCAGCGAGCGACUCAAAGAGGGAUUCACUGAAGAAGAGGAGAAAGGUCUGUUUGUGGAGAAUGUUCUGUCAGAGGUGAAGGGCAAAGCCGGUCUUGUUGCCAUGGAUAUGACGGGCAGUCUGGCUCUGGAGAAGCUGCUGUCAUUGGCUACAACCGUUCAGGUGGGAGAAAUGCUGGCAGAACUGGGCGGAGAGACGGGGUCAGAGUUCAAAGAUGUAGCGUGUAAUCAGUGUGGAGGUCAUGUGAUCGAGAGCGCUUUGAGACAGGCACACAGGUGGACAGAGAAAAAUGGUGCGGAAGAGACAUCAGAUGUCACACAGACAGAAGAAGAGGAUUGUGGGAUAUUGGAGGUUCAGGUUCAGCGUUUGUGUGGAGUGAUCAGAGAAAAUAUCCUGGAUUUCAUCAAAGACCCUCACGGAUCCCAUGUGCUCCGAACGCUCAUACAUGUGCUGGGAGGCUGUUUGACUUCAGAACCUUCUGAUGCUAAACAAGUGAAAAAAGACAAAAGGUCUGAAAGUGUGCUGACAGAUUUUGAGAUACCAACAUCAUUCUGGUGGGAGCUGAAAUAUCUCUCUGAGUCUCUGAUGGAAAACAUCAACGUCUGUGCCACGAAUCCCAGCGCCAGUGCCACGCUUCAAACGCUCCUGACAGUGUGUCACAGAAAGAGACCCAUACUGUGUAAAAAAAUCAACAAGUGCAUCAUGGGAUACCUGACAUCACUCAGCUCUGCUCCUGGAGUCAGUCCACUUCUGGUGUUUCUGAAAGACCCGUCCUGCAGUCACCUCAUCCAAACCAUCUUCAAGUUCUCCCAUAAGGCUCUGCUGCGUAACGUCUACAGGGAUCACCUGAAAGAUCAGCUGAUGUCUCUGGCCCUUCAUCCCAUCGCAAACUACACCAUCCAAACACUGAUCUCAGUCUCCAGCAGUCUCAGAGUGUUCCUGAAGAUCUUUGAUGAAUUGAUGGAGGGCUUUGAGGCGGUGCUCGCUGCCGGUCACAUGGGAGUUGUAGUGCAGCUUGUAGAGAGCUGUGUGCAGUGGGAGGAGAAACAGGACGCACUCCUACAGCGCCUCCUACAGGCAUUUCAUUGCAGCGAUCCGGCAUCUCGUCAUACAAGCUGUCUGCCUCUGUUUCUGUCUUUACUGGCGUAUGAGGUUUAUUACAACACAGAGACAGCAGAGGGCGACACAGUCACACAGCGCUCUCUGUCUAUAUGUUAUCAUGGCUCUCGACUGGUUCAAGCUUUGGCCAAAUUCAAAGACAGAUCGAUACUGAUGAACAGUUUACACGGUCUGAGCUCCAGCGAUCUGCUGACCCUCGGCACCGACUCCAUGGGCAGCCACGCGUUACAGUCGCUGCUGACGUCAGUCAGUGAUAAAGGAAGAGGAAAAUUCCUGAGAAAACUGGAGGAGCUUUAUGUUCAGUUGGCCUGUUCAAGAUGUGGCAGUCGUCUAUUAGAAGCCGUCUGGAACAGCGCCACCAUCAGUCAGAGACAAAGCAUUGCUGAGAAACUAGUGCCCAGUGAAUCUCAGCUCAGAUCCGAUCAGUUUGCACGCCACGUUUGGGCCAAAUUCGGUCUGACACACUUUGUGAAGCGCCGUGGCGCUUGGCUGGAGGUUCAGACGGGAGAGUCGAAGAAAAGGAAGAUGUUUAGUGAAAUUCUGGAGUAACAUGGAGUGUACAUUUUUUUGUUUGUUUGUUUAUUUUCUAAAUACAUUAAUGCCUAAAUGUUGU